AAAUUGAACUUGUCUUCUUCACUCUCUCUCUCUCUCUCUCUCUCUCUCUACAGAAAGCUGAGAGCAAACUGUGAGAAAGCAAUGGCAAAAUUUUUGAGCUUGGACAACUUCCUGCUAUGAAACGGAGAAUCUCUGUUAGUUUGUGGAGAUGAGUGCACCGUUUGGAGGUCCGAUCGGUUCCAACCCCAGUGCUGCCGGAGCCCAGCCGAACAGGGACCCUAACAUGGCAUCGGCGGAGCAGUUGGUGCUCGAACUCAGCAACCCUCAACUUCGUGAAAACGCGCUCCUUGAACUCUCUAAGAAGAGAGAAUUAUUUCAAGAUUUGGCUCCAUUGUUGUGGAAUUCUUUUGGUACUAUUGCUGCUCUGUUACAGGAGAUAGUUUCAAUAUACCCUGUUCUUUCACCACCAAAUUUAACUCCUGUCCAAUCAAAUCGAGUUUGCAAUGCUCUAGCGCUUCUUCAGUGUGUGGCUUCGCACCCAGACACAAGGAUGUUAUUCCUUAAUGCUCAUAUACCUUUAUAUUUGUACCCUUUCCUUAAUACAACAAGCAAGUCAAGGCCUUUCGAGUACUUGAGGCUUACUAGCUUAGGAGUCAUUGGUGCCUUAGUGAAGGUCGAUGAUACAGAAGUGAUUAGUUUUCUUCUAUCAACUGAAAUAAUUCCGUUGUGCCUGCGAACUAUGGAAAUGGGUAGUGAACUGUCAAAAACAGUGGCUACAUUUAUUGUUCAAAAGAUUUUGUUGGAUGAUGUGGGCUUGGAUUAUAUCUGUACUACAGCUGAGCGGUUUUUCGCAGUGGGUCGAGUCUUGGGAACCAUGGUUGCAUCACUUGCUGACCAGCAUUCGUCUCGCUUACUAAAACACAUUAUUCGAUGUUAUCUUCGAUUGUCAGAUAACCAUAGGGCUUGUGAUGCUUUGAGGAGCUGUCUUCCCGAUAUGUUGAGAGAUACUACCUUCAGUGUUUCCCUCCGUGAAGAUCCAACUACAAGGAGAUGGUUGCAGCAGCUACUUCACAACGUUGGUGUUAGUCGGGUUCCUGCGCUUCAGGCUGGAGGAGGAUUUGAUCAUAUGAUGGUGAACUAAUACAAAUAAUUCGGUGUCAUCUUUGGGCUGCCGUCUGUUGCUUAAUGCAUCAGAGAGGGCUGGGUGCUUUUUAAUUUAUCUGUCUCGAUGCUAAUUGGCAGUCUUCAUCUGUCUGUAAUUUACAAAAUGUUUCUUCUGUGACUUGGCCUGUUCGGGCCAAGUUUAAACUAUUGACGUCGCUUGAAGUCAAUUGUUCGCUAAAGAAACAAAUGUCGUCUUAUUUUGGUAAAAUUAUAAAUAAAGUGAACUUUUUUUCGUAAA